UCAAAGGGGAAACUUCGGCGUAAAGUGCAGCCCGCUCGACUCUCUCCAGCUUUCUUUCCUUCCCUGAACCCCCGGGGUACGGAUCGUCCUCGCCCCGCCGUCCUGGUGUCUCGAGGGGUGGGGAGAACCCGCCGAGCCUCCUCGGAGGGAUCGAGCAGAGAGGUGCCCUCCAGCCGGGUAAUGGGUGUGGGCGAGGGACCUUAGGCGGCGCCUGGAGGAACAGGGCUCGCCCGGCUGGCUCGGCCGCUGCAACCGCCUGCGCGCACCCCCUGCCUCCCUCAGCUGGCGCUCGCCGCCUCUGUGCAGAGCUCGCAUCCUCGCCUCGGGUUGUACCACCCUGGCUGUUUCGAUGGACGUGUGCCGGGAGCCGCCAAGCACUGGAUUUCCAGCCUUCUGAAGCCCAACUCUUCAAGCGCCGGGACCUGGAGGAGAAGGAGGAGGAGGAGCCCGGCGGUGGAAAGUGCAGUCAUGAAUUCUGGAGUUGCCAUGAAAUAUGGAAACGACUCCCCUGCCGAGCUGAGUGAGUGCUACUCAGGAAAUGACCUGAGCUGGCUUGACGUUUUCGGUCUGAAGCAGGCGGCUAUUAGAAAGAAAGAAAGAAAGAAAGAAAGAAAGAAAGAAAGAAAGAAAGAAAGAAAGAAAGAAAGAAAGAAAGAAAGAAAGAAAGAAAGAAAGAAAGAGGAAGAAAGAAAGAAAGAAAGAGAAAGGAAGAAAGAAAAAAAGAAAGAAAGAAAGAAAGAAGAAAAAAGGAAGAAAGGAAGUGCUGGGAGCUCUUAUCCGCCGUCCAGUUGUUUACUCUCGGCGAUCUGGGUCUUUUCCUCACUCGCCCUCCUACCUGCUUCUUGCAAUUUACAUACAACAGUACUUUUUGCAAGUAGGCGAAAUGCACGGGAAUUUCGGCUGAAUCUAAGCCAGUGCCAACUGAUUUGAGGGGGUUGGGGCUGCUGUUGGUGGGUAGGAUAUUGGAUUAUUAUGUCUACCAGUUGACUUGCGCCUGAGAUGCCUCGGGUUAAGUUCAAGCGAGGUGGUCCCUUCUCUAUGGAGAUGAACGACCCGCCCAGGGGAGGAGAGCAGGGAGGAAGCACAUCAAAGGCGCCUGGAACUUUAUUUCCUGCCCGGGACUGGACUCCAGGGUCUUUGAGGCCAGCGCAUUUGCAAUUCCAGGUUCUUGGUCUUCAUUUGGCAGCCCUGGCAUCCCUAAAGGAAGAUAUAGUGGAGCUCAAUAAACGUCUGCAGCAAACGGAGCGGGAACGGGACCUUCUGGAAAAGAAAUUAGCCAAGGCACAGUGUGAACAGUCCCACCUCAUGAGAGAACAUGAAGAUGUCCAGGAGCGUACGACGCUUCGGUAUGAGGAACGCAUCACCGAACUCCACAGCAUCAUUGCCGAGCUCAACAAGAAGAUAGACCGCUUGCAAGGCACCACCAUCAGGGAGGAAGAUGAGUACUCAGAACUUCGGUCAGAACUCAGCCAGAGUCAGCAAGAAAUCAACGAGGACUCUCGAAGCAUAGACCAAGACCAGACCUCUGUCUCUAUCCCUGAAAACCAAUCCACCAUGGUCACCGCUGACAUGGAUAAUUGCAGUGACCUCAACUCAGAACUACAGCGGGUGCUGACAGGACUGGAGAAUGUGGUCUGCUGCCGGAAGAAGAGUAGCUGCAGCCUCUCAGUGGCUGAGGUGGACAGGCACAUUGAGCAGCUCACCACAGCCAGUGAGCACUGUGACUUGGCUAUCAAGACUGUCGAGGAGAUUGAGGGAGUUCUCGGCCGGGAUCUGUAUCCCAACCUAACAGAAGAGCGAUCUCGUUGGGAAAAGGAGCUGGCUGGGCUGCGGGAAGAGAAUGAGAGCCUGACAGCCAUGCUGUGCAGCAAAGAGGAGGAGCUAAACAGGACCAAGGCCACCAUGAACGCCAUCCGGGAGGAGCGAGACCGGCUCCGGAGGAGGGUUCGAGAGCUUCAAACCCGAUUGCAGAGUGUACAAGCCACAGGGCCCUCCAGCCCUGGCCGCAUCACUUCCACCAACCGCCCUGUUAACCCCAGCACAGGAGAGCUAAGCACAAGCAGUAGCAGCAAUGACAUUCCAAUCGCCAAGAUUGCCGAGAGAGUGAAGCUGUCAAAGACCAGGUCCGUAUCUUCAUCAUCUGAUCGACCCAUCCUAGGCUCAGAAAUCACCAGCAUAGGGGUAUCCAGCAGUGUGGCAGAACACCUGGCCCACUCUCUUCAGGACUGCUCCAACAUCCAAGAGAUCUUCCAGACACUCUACUCACAUGGAUCUGCCAUCUCAGAAAGCAAAAUCAGAGAGUUUGAGGUGGAGACAGAGCGUUUGAAUAGCCGUAUUGAACACCUCAAAUCCCAAAAUGACCUCCUGACCAUAACCCUGGAAGAAUGCAAAAGCAAUGCUGAGAGGAUGAGCAUGCUUGUAGGAAAAUAUGAAUCCAAUGCCACUGCACUGAGGCUGGCCUUGCAAUACAGUGAGCAGUGCAUAGAAGCCUAUGAACUCCUGCUGGCUCUGGCUGACAGUGAACAGAGCCUUAUCCUGGGGCAGUUCCAGGCAGCUGGUGGCAUGGGCUCCUGCCCUGGAGACCAGUCAGGGGAUGAAAACAUCACUCAGAUGCUCAAGCGAGCUCACGACUGCAGGAAGACUGCAGAGAAUGCCGCCAAGGCCCUGCUCAUGAAGCUGGAUGGCAGCUGCACAGGGGCUUUUGCAGUGGCCGGCUGCAGCGUGCAGCCCUGGGAGAGCCUCUCCUCCAACAGCCAUACUAGCACGACCAGCUCCACAGCAAGUAGUUGUGACGCAGAGCUUACCAAAGUAGAUGAGCAGAGGCUGAAAGACUAUAUCCAGCAGCUAAAGAAUGACAGGGCAGCGGUGAAGCUGACCAUGUUGGAGCUGGAGAGCAUCCACAUUGACCCACUCAGCUACGACAUCAAGCCCCGGGGUGACAACCAGCGGCUGGACCUGGAGAAUGCUGUGCUGAUGCAAGAGCUGAUGGCCAUGAAGGAGGAGAUGGCUGAGCUGAAGGCCCAGCUCUACCUACUGGAGAAAGAGAAGAAGGCCCUAGAGCUGAAGCUGAGCACGCGGGAGGCACAGGAGCAGGCCUACCUGGUACACAUCGAGCACCUGAAGUCGGAGGUGGAAGAACAGAAGGAGCAGCGCCUGCGGACCCUCAGCUCUACCAGCAGUGGCAGCAGAGACAAGCUGAGCAAGGAAUGUGCCGACACCACCUCCCCACCUCUGUCACUGGCUGAACUGAGGACUACUUGCAGUGACACUGAACUGGCUGCAGAGUUUGCCAAUGCCAUCCGCAGAGAGAAGAAGCUAAAGGCCAGGGUUCAAGAGUUGGUCAGUGCCUUGGAAAGACUCACCAAGAGCAGUGAAAUCCGGCACCAGCAAUCAGCAGAAUUUGUAAAUGACUUAAAGCGAGCCAACAGCAAUCUGGUGGCUGCCUAUGAGAAAGCCAAGAAGAAACAUCAAAAUAAACUGAAGAAGCUAGAGUCUCAGAUGAUGGCCAUGGUGGAGAGACAUGAGACCCAAGUGAGGAUGCUCAAGCAAAGAAUAGCUCUGCUGGAGGAGGAGAACUCAAGACCACACACCAAUGAGACUUCACUUUAACCAGCACCUGGGCACCAAAGUGCUGCCUUUGGAAGCUAAGCUACCACCACCAGGUCAUUGAAGAGAUAAGGGCUCCAGGGAAUAGAGGACCUGUAGCGAGAGUGAGAGUAAGGAAGAGUGGCAGCCAGUCAUGAGUGACAUGACUCAGUCCCAGAGCCAAGUGCCCAUGGUGACACUGUGCAGACUGUAUCCAGAGGCUCCUGCUCCCCCUCCCACGCUCCCAGCCAUAAAUACCUGCUGUGUGUGCCAUGCUCAGCAGACCUCACUUCUGCUUCCAUCACCAGCUUUGUCUCUCCCCCACCUUUCCUGUUCUGGAAGUGGUGCAUCAAUGGCAUUUGUUUUAUAAGAUUUUCCAUUCUUUUCUUCUUUGGUAGAUAAAAUGAUGUUAUUGCUGGCAUUCCUGAUUUCUCUUUCCUUCCUUCACAGGAACACUAACACACAGGGUAACUUUAGCAUCAGCGAGAGCUGCUGAUUUGUUUAUUGCAAUAGGCUUUCAUUUUCAAGUAUCAACAGUUAGAUGUAAGGUGUCCCUUACUGCUGGGAAGACUUUAGGUGGAUAGCACACAGGGAUUAAUUACCGUCCAGAUAAACUUAAAGGUCCAAGAACAAUUCCAGGCCUGAACAAAUGCUUCCCCUCUAGAUAGAGGCAGGGCUGGGAAGGGAAUGCUCUUUUCACUUGAAAUUUCUCCUCUAGGGGUCUUAUUAACAGAACUCAGAGUCCUGUCAACAUAUGUAGUCGAGCUAAACUUUUGUCAGGGGGUUUCAAUAGCAGGGAGCAUUAUUAAUAUCUUGCCCUUACCCUAGAGCACUAUAUAAUUUCUGUUCUACACAAAUCAAAGCUCAUUCAUGUGAGGGCAUGCUCUGAACCUAGCUCUAUUUUUCCAGGUUACAGGUGCACUGUCAGACACCAAAUAGAUAAUGUUUUGCAAGCUGAUCUUAUUUGGGAUUACAAGUGUUUAUUACCAGUUUAAGUCUGUAUUCAUAUCACAAAGAACAGGGGGUGAAGGAAUGAUAACUUUUUUUAAUCUCUAAAAAUAAAAGGUGUUAAUAGGAAAAUAUCUAAACAUUCAUCUAAUGAGCAUAAUAAAGAGAAAAAUGACAAACAAGAAACAUAAGCUAGAAAGGAAUUCAAAGGGUAAAGUUCAAAGAUUUUAAACUUUGUGUAACACAGGAGACAUUAACUUUUCCCUUUAUUUUUUUAUUGGGAGGCAACUGGUUUACAGUAGUUAUUGGCACCAAGACAGUCUGCAAAACACUGUCAUUCCCAAAUUCAGUCCAUCAUUGUGCAAUUUUGAAAUUAUGUAUGUGUGGUUAUGUAUUUUUAAAAAUCACGAAGAUAAAAUGGUGAAGAUUUAGCUGAACUGGAAAAGCAAUUAAACUCAGAAAAGUUUAAAAUAAUAAAACAGUUAAUUUCUUCAAUAUAUGUAGAAACAAAUAUACCACUUCCACUGAUGAGAACAUUUUUAUACUUGCAAUGUUCCUGAAGAACAACUGAGGGGCUGGGUGGUGGUGCACCAGGUUAAGUGCACAUAGUAUGAAAUGUGAGGAUACCAGUUCAGGCCCCUGGAUCCCCACCUGCAGGGGGUUUACCCCAUAAGUGGUGAACAGGUCUGCAGGUGUCUAUCCCUGGUGUCUAUCCCCCUCUCCUCCCCUCCUUUCUCAACCUCUCUCUGUCCUAUUAAAAACAAAACAAAAAAAAACAGUCAGGCGCGGUAGCGCAGCAGGUUAGGCGCACGUGGCGCAAAGCGCAAGGACUGGCAUAAGGAUUCUGGUACAAGCCCCAGGCUCCCCACCUGCAGGGGGGUCGCUUCACAGGCGGUGAAGCAGGUCUGCGGGUGUCUUUCUCUCCCCCUCCUUGUCUUCCCCAUCUCUCUCCAUUUCUCUCUGUCCUAUCCAGCAUCAAUAACUACAACAAUAAAACAAUAAGGGCAACAAAAGGGAAUAAAUAUUUAAAAAAAAGAAGAAAAGAAAAAUGGGGGGGGUCGGGCGGUAGCGCAGCAGGUUAAGCGCAAGUGACACAAAGCCCAAGGACUGGUGUAAGGAUCCCGGUAUGAGCCCCUGGCUCCCCAUCUGCAGGGGAUUUGUUUCACAGAUGGUGAAGCAGGUCUGCAGGUGUCUAUAUUUAUGUCCCCGUCUUCCCCUCCUCUCUCCAUUUCUCUCUGUCCUAUCCAACAAUGAAUGACAUCAACAAUAACCACAAGGCUACAACAAGGGCAACAAAAGGGGGAAAAUGACUUCCAGGAGUAGUGGAUUCAUAGUGCAGGCACUGAGCCCCAGCAAUAACCCUGGAGGAGGAGAAAGAAAGAAAGAAAAAGAAAGGAAGAAAGAAAGAAAGGAAGAAAGAAAGAAAGAAAGAAAGAAAGAAAGAAAGAAAGAAAGGGAGAAAGAGAGAAAGAGAGAAAGAGAGAAAAAGAAAAACUGGUCUCGGAAGCAAUGGGUUCGUAGUGCAGGCACCGAGGCCCAGUGAUAACACUGGGGGGAAAAAAAGAUGAAAUAUUUUAUGCCUUUUAGAAAGACACGGGGGCUUGACACCAUAGUGGUUUGCCUAUGUUGCACAUACAGGUUUCAAGCAAAAUGCUGACAGGACCAGACAGGACCACAGUACCUGAAUUCUUUUAGGACGACUUUCUAGGUUAAAUUCAUCAUUCCCCUUCUAAUCUUCACUGCCUCGCCCUCUUGUCAUUCAAUCCUUCUGUCCACUCAGCUGCCCUCCAUUGGUAUAUUUUAAAGAUCCACUUGUCAUUUAUUCUGUGGUGCCCACAUAGUUCAGUUUUCCCAUUAACUGGGUCACUCCAUUAGACUCUUGUGUCCAUGAGCUUUCAGAAAGCAUGACAGGUUCCUCAGCCUUCUGUAAAAUGUGGAAAGUCACGCUACACUAUAUGGGGAGGACUAACAGUUCUACCCCUUGCUACAAAAUCAGCAGUGAAGUGGCCCCACUGGCCAAAAAAAACUAACCAGUAUCAGUCUCAAAGGACUAGCAAUGAGUGCUGUAAUCACUGUGAGGAGUGCCCACUGAGUUGCUUUUGUCUGAAUCUUAACAUUCAAUUGAAGCUGGUUCCUGUGAUUUUUAACAUCAAUUUUCAUUUUGGAUAAUUUCAUUUUUUCCUAAGAAAAUAUUUCUGGCUGGCUGUGCAAAAAAAAAAAAAAAGUGUUUCCUCCAGUUCGCAUAAGAAGAUAUUACAUAAAACAAGGAAAACAGUGGGACAUGCAAGGUGGGAAUUCAUGACCUUUUGUGAUUAAUUAAAGGGAGUCUUUUCACCAAAUAUGAAAAUUGUAGCUGGUAUAGGAAUAAAAUCCUUUGUGCUGACCUAUAUACUAUUCUUACUCUAUGUUAGAACUUUCAACUCACUCUUGUAGGGUCACAUAACUUGUCCAGACCCAAAAUAGGCCCUAUUACUGGCCCCAACUGGCCUCAUUUUAAGCUUAUAAACAUGACACUUUUAUGUGGUGAUUGGAUGGAAAGUAUUUCUCUAGCAAAGCUGUUACUUUUGUACAUGUGUAGAAUUUUUAAAAAGCUAUUAAAUAAUUGAUUUCCUUUGUGGUUUUUUUAAAAAUUUUUUUUCCCUUUUGUUGCCUUUAUCAUCAUUGUUGUUAUUACUGUCGUUGUUGGAUAGGAUAGAGAGAAAUGGAGAGAGGAGGGGAAGACAAAGGGGGAGAGAAAGACAGACACCUGCAGACCUGCUUGUGAAGCAAUUUCCCCUGCAGGUGAGGAGCCGGGCUCGAACUGGGAUUCUUAUGCCAAUCCUUGCGCUUCGUACCACGUGCACUUAACCCACUGCGCCACCGCCUGGCUCCCUCCUUUGUGUUUUUCAAACAUCCCCCAAGACAUGGUCCUUGAAGGUGAGUCAACAGGGUGUGGGGCACUUGGUUACACCAAUUGUACAACUAAGAUUUCACUGAUAGAAGUGGAGCCGGAAUAACUUUUUUUAUAACCUCAACUUUUCUCUAAAUAGGGUAAAAAAAAAAUUAUCUUGAUUCUAGCUUAUGAAAGAAUUUUUAAAAUCCCCACUUAGUUUUCAUUUCCUCAGUGAUUACCCCCUAUCAGCAGUCACGGUAUCUGUUCACAGUUUAUAAGUCACUGGCUCUUAUCUAAGAAGAAACUAUUUCACUUCUAUUUCCUUGAAGUUUAUUUCUCAUUGAGUUGAGGCAGAGUCAUAAGCAAAGAAUCUUGUCCGUAGUUUAAGUACCAUAAAUGUGUGCACCUACUAACUGGACCUGAGGUUCCAAAUAUCAUGUGCACCAGGUACCUAAAUUGCCAUAAGUGGUCAAGAUUCCUCUGUGAGACUUAUACCAAAGGUCAUUUAUGAUUAAAUACCUUAUGUAAUAAGCCUGCCAGUACAGGUAACUGCUGUCUCACAUUGACUCUCAUCUGCUGGCAUGUCAGGUUUCUGUUGUUAAUAUCCAUAUUGCCUGAAACUAAAAUGUUUAUAAGGUAAUAAAAAAAUGUCAGUUAAACAUAAUUGCUUAAUUCACCAUGAGAUGCAUUGAACUUCUUCCUCUAAGCCUGCAGCAAUACUUUACAGGGACCUCAGAAAACUCUAAAAUAAGAUAUUGACAUUCCACUACUGAGUUUACAGCUCAUAGGCAUGUUCUUUACAAAAUGUUAGUAUGAGACUAGCAAGGAUCCUAUUGCUCAGAAUAAAAGCUGAAACCAUAUAAACCUCUAUACCUAACCUGUUCCCUUCUACAGAUGCUUCCUAUGGCCCCAGAGUUAUUCUGUGAUUACUUUUAUUCUCCCCAUCAUAGUAUUGUAUAUCAAAGCUCUCAUAAGACUAGGGUGUCAUGUGUUUUUAACAUUAAGAUAUCAAGAAAACCACAGAAAACACUCAAAUUUUCAUUAACAACUCUAAAAAUCCAUCAUUCCAACAAAGCUUUAAAAUAUUCACAAAUGUGUAUCUGGAGUUUGUCCCAUCUGGUUUAUCGGUAAAAAAUGGGGGGAAAAAAAUCAUACUGUUUAUAGUAGCAUCUUUAGUUAGAAAUUUUCUAGAGGCAGAAACUCCUCCAAAAAAAAAAAAAGAAGCCAAAGGGGCUUCUCUGAAAUGUCUGCAUUUAAUUUCACUAAGCUGCAGUUAUAGGGUUCCCAAGAUUUGGCUUUUUUUCUUUUUUCUCUUUUAAAGAGGUGGUAAAAAAAUGUUUUUUCUGUAGUUGACAAGUUUGUAUAAUUUUAUAAAAAUAUAGCAACUGCUUUACUGGCUGUCCAAUGAAAUGGUCUAUUUGACAAUAAAUUAUAUAAUCACCAUCUAUCAGAGGCCUGCAAAUUCAAAUGCUCAGCUGUAUGCUACUUUGCAAGAACAUGUUACAAACAAAAAAUUAUGCCAAAUCUUAUUGACAUUUACUUAAGGCUUAAUAUACUUCAUUAGAACCUUUUAAAAGCCUAGUCAAGUUGAAGUUAGCUCUGACUCUUGGCCCUUAGCGCAUCCAGUUUCACAUACUUGAAAUUCCCUUCUAUGUUUAUAAUCACUAAGAGAUAGCUCUUAUGCUGCCAAUUACUAGCUUUUUUCAAAGCAGAGCCAGAAUUUUUGAUUAAUGCAAUGCUUAGUGGCUGUUAAAAUGUCAACAGAUGGGAAAGGGUACAAAUUGAAUACCAACUGUUCAUGCAUUGUUUCACUAAAAACUGUACAUACAGAUGACUGUACAUUUUUGAUAAAAACUUAUACUGAAUAAACAUCUUUCAUACUGCACUUGAGAUUUUUCAAGUGAUUAAGAAGAAAUUACUCCAUUCCACUAGCAACUGCUAAGCGGCAAAUCAUCUCCCGAGCAAGUUUGUUCAUAGUCAUGGUAGUUAUGAAUCACUUGUUCACGAAGCAACAGAUCAGAACACAGCAAGCUAUAUGCAAAAUUUCCCCUUAUUCACAGAUGACCUGCUUAACUAGCUGUUCUUUUUCUAUUUAUUUUUGCACUUUUUGCUAAUCAAAUCCAUGUGGGGAAAUAUUCUGUCUGUAGAAUUCAAAAAAUAUUUACUUAUAGUCAGGACUGACAAGUGAACAAGAACUCUAAUCUGUUUUCAUUGGAAAAUAUAAAGGUAAUGAAACCGGUUCAGUUUUUCCAAUCGGUUUUUAGACAUACUGUUAAGAUUUGCUUUGCAUGAGAUUUAAGUUACCUACCUGAAAAUUUGCUACUCUUAAACCACUUGAACUAUUAGAAAAACCUGCUUGAAUGUACUGUCAGUUUUUAAAGCACAUGUGACUAGGUUUGCAUUUGUCAGUAUUGUUCUACAGUUUGUACUGAGAAUCUUUUAAUGUUGCCACUUAACAUUGUACUAUAUUUUGUAACUUUUCAAUUCUCUACUUGUAUGCUUUCAAUGUUUCAAGAUGCCUGUAGUUUUAGCUGUUGUAAGAUAGCCACCUUGUGUUGUUUGAUAUAAAAUUGUCUUAAGAAACUCCAUUUAUUUAUACAGAGACAUUUAUAAUAUUUUACAUUCUUAUAUUCUAAAUAAACAUUUCUAAUUCCA